UUGCUGUGAAGCCGAGCGACUGGUAUUCUUUUUUCUACUUCACAGGCUCAUAUAUAUACACUCCACGUAUUACUCUGGCCAGCUCGAACUACCUUCAUUUACCUUUUUAUUCCUUUUCUAGGGUUUUCUGUAUCGUGACGCGAUGAGUCGCCAUCCUGAGGUGAAGUGGGCUGAGAGGGUGGAUAAGGUAUAUCUCACUGUAUUGUUGCCAGAUGCAAAGAAUUCAAAGGUGAAUCUUGAACCAGAUGGAGUGUUUACAUUCUCUGCUACUACUGGACCAGAAAACCUUCUCUAUGAACUCAAGAUAAAUCUUCAUGAUAAGGUGAAUGUAGAGGAAAGUAAAAUUAAUAUAGGUGUUCGGAAUAUAUUCUGUGUCAUUGAGAAAGCUGAGAAGGGUUGGUGGAAGAAGCUAUUGCAGGCAGAUGAAAAGACCCCACACUACGUGAAAGUUGAUUGGGACAAAUGGGUAGAUGAAGAUGAUGACAAUGCUGACCUGGAUUUGGGAGGGAUGGACUUCUCGAAAUUUGGCGGUAUGGAGGGAAUGGGUGAUGAUUUUGAAGACAGUGAUGGUGAAGAUCAAGAAACGGAAAAGUCUGCACAAGAAGAGGAAAAGACGAAAGAAGCGGUGAAGCCCUCACAACAAGAUGAAAAGACGGAAGAAGCUCCAGCUCUAUCCGAGAAGGCAGAACCUGCUUCAAACACAUGAAGAUGGUCUGGACCAAGAUUUCAACGCACUGCAGCUAUUGGGUUGGCAUAAUCUGGGGGAUGGCGAGUUGGUCACUGUGGGGAUUUGCCUGGUGUUUGUUUAGAUGUGUAGUCCCUACUGGAUGCUGGCUUGGGGCCAUUCUGGUUUUUUAUUUGUUUCCGGCAUGAGAUGUAUUCUGAAAAUUAUAGGUUAGAGGUUUAUAACCGAGAUUUGGCAUUUAGCUUGUUUUAGAAUUUUAUUCCAGUUUGUUUUGCAAUCUCUCCCCCCCUCUCUCUCUCUCUCUCUCUCAUCUUCAAUAUUAAAUAUGUUAUUAGCCUUUAUUGAAUGAUAUUAAUCAAUUUGGUGGAAUCAUAUCUUUGUUA